AUGCAUUUCAGCAUGGGCAAUAACAUCUCUCGAGCGCAAUAUACCAGCCAGAGCUCAGAGUCGGGGUCUUUGUCUUCCGCAUUGAGCACGCCUCGAUCAUGGAGUAUCUCGCCGCCGACAUCUCCCAACUAUUCCGAAGGGUCGGAAAGCAUUGGCAUUGGUGAAAUUGGCGCCGGUGAGACUCGAUGUACCGCUGACACUGCUAUCCAUGCUUCGCUAGACCGAGAGAGUCUCGGAAAGACAGAGCGACACGGCCGUUCGCGAGUCUUCGGCAUCCCCUGGUCAGCAGGACCAAAGCCUAACAUAUCUGCAUCCAGUAGAACACAGGACAUUCUCCAGGACAUCCGAACGAGGCGGAUCACAUUUCUGCUCUCGCACAAGGACAUCAUACUCCCUCUCCUUGGCGGUGCAAAGUCAUUUGAGAAGCUGGCCAACAGAAACAUUUCCGCACCUGCUAAAAUACUAGAACAUGAAAGCCUCAGUGCUCAGCCCAGAGGACUCAGAGCAGAGUUAAAGCCGUACCAGCUUGAGGGUCUGUCUUUCUUGGUGUACCUGUGCCGCAACGGCGUCGGUGGUAUUCUUGCCGACGAGAUGGGUCUAGGCAAGACGCUUCAGACCUUGAGCCUCUUCCAAUAUUUGAAAGAAGGAGAUGGUGGAUAUUCAAACAACAAUGUGCCCUUCCUCGUCGUGUGUCCACUAAGUAUCCUAGAAACAUGGUUAACAGAAAUCGAGAAGUGGACCCCCGACCUCCGAGCUGUCAAAUACCAUGGCACAUUCGAGCAACGAGACGCCGUGAAGAAGAUGAUGUCUGUCCAGAAAAAGCCUAGUAUCUUCAGAACUUCAACGGGCAUUGUGGACAUCGUGCUUACAACAUACGAGACCCUUAUCUCAGAAAUAAACUGGUUCUCGAGGGUCUUCGUUUGGCGAGGCGUCGUCCUUGACGAGGGUCAUAGAAUCAAGAACAGUCGUUCGAAGAGAGCGUUGGUCCUUAAUCGCAUCAAAGCAGAAAUGAAGCUCGUGCUCUCCGGUACCCCGAUACAAAAUGACUUGAGCGAGCUGUGGUCGAUUUUCCAUUGGCUUUACCCUGAGAUCUUCGUGCCAGCCACGGAGAAGCUCUUCCAGGAGGCCUUCUCCGUCAGCGACGGAAAAUUCGACCCUGUAUUUCUCGAAUGUGUCAAAAGUUUCCUAAGGCUGGUCAUGAUCCGAAGAACCAAGGAUUCUCCCGGAAUUGGAUUCGACAUUCCGCCCAAAAGAGAAACCGUCCUUUCUGUGCCCUUAUCGCGUGCACAGCGUUCGUUGUAUUUGAGAAUCCUUACAGGUGUAGAAAUCUGGCAGUUGCCCUCAGAUGCCUCUGAAACCUCCCACAUUCAACUGGAUGGACCGUUGUCUGAGCAAACAGCAGUCGAAAGUCCAUGUUCUAGGGCAGUCAAUUCAAUUUCUGAGGAUCCUGCAGAGACACCUGGGCCUAGAAAGUACCGUAUCACGGGAAAUAUUCUCAUGGAGCUGAGAAAAUGUUCCAUUCAUCCUUAUCUUUUUGUAGACGCGAUCCCCAAUCCCUAUGAAGUAGGCGAACAUAUUAUCAAUCAAUCCGGCAAAUUUUUAGUCCUGAAGAAGCUCCUUCAACAUUACGUGGCGACUGAGACAAAAGUCAUCGUUUUCUCAAACUUUGAUCAGGCUCUCAACUUAUGCGAGGACCUAGUCAUGAUGCUCCGAGGCAACAACCGAGCCUUCGAAUACGCACGGCUUGACGGGAGAACCACAGGGCCAUGGCGCAAGGUUAUGGUGCACCUUUUUCAGAACGAUCCGAGAUACAUGGUUUUCCUGGUUUCGAUUAGAGCGGGCGGGGAAGGGCUGAAUUUGACCAGCUCCUCUGUGAUUGUGUUCUUGGAUGAGGACUGGAACCCUCAAGUCAUGCGCCAGGCCGAAGCACGAGUGCAUCGAAUUGGACAGACCCGGCCGGUCAUGAUUUAUAAGCUGCGCUCGACAGGCACAGUAGAAGAGCAGAUGAGCCGACGGCUAGCCAAGAAAGCCUAUAUCGCAGAUAGGGUGACCGACAACAUACAUACACAUUGGCCCGGAAAUGACUACCUUGACAUGCUCAAGUCUGAACAGGUGAGCAUGUCUCAGGACUCGACGGAUACAUUUGGCUUUCCUUCGCCCGUCUUCGUGGAUCAGACUUUCUUGUCUCAGAAACAAAUUGAUACAGACGAAAUGGUCCAGUGGGACAUGAGCACUAUUCUCAACAAGUGUUCAAGUACCCAAAAAGACGGAGGGCUCUCCGGAUGUCUCACCGUUGAACAAGAACAGCUCUGGCUUGAAAAGGCCGACAAAGUCAGGACAAACCUGUUUAAUGGGGUGACGAUUGAUACAAGCAGACGCCACCAUACAGUAUAUGCUGAAGAAGAUAGCAGCAAUCUGCUCCGCUCUAAUCGUCGCAUUGGUAAGGAGAGGACGGUCAUGAUCGACGGCUAUGCAGUGAGCAAGGAAAGCCUGGGUCCCUCGGUCGAAGAGCCGGCGUCCGCUAAUGGACGUGCUUCGUAUGUCACCAGUUCAAUGCGGAGGACUGUGACAUAUGCCCUCGUGCUUUUCACCCUGCUUGCCUUGGGAGCGUGA